AUGUAUGAUGUUGCCGUAAGAGGAGGGACGAGAGGGAAGAUAGGGUGUGGAGGUAUGAUGGUGGGCUCGAAAGUGAUUAAGAGGGAGAAGAACAUAAAUUGUGAGGAGAAGAAGUUUAAGGGUGGUGAGGAGGUGAUGGACCUAGACGGAGGAGAUGAGGGAGGCAGCAAGCAAACUAGGAGUUUUUCAGAAACAAAAGCCGCGGGCAUUUCCCAAAAGCGGCCUCUUUCUCAAGAACCGUUUGAAGAGGAAGCCCUUUUUUUCCUUCAUCAAAAUCCUCGAUUUCCAUUUUUAUCGAGAUCGAGCAAAAGCGAGAGUGAGCUCAAAACGGAAAGAAAUCCAGAGCCCAGAUCGAGACAAAGAAAGAAGAAAGGGGCUUCUCUCUCGUCUCUCCCCGUCGAGAACCCGUCCCUUUCGGCGAUCGGCAAUGACGGAAUCGGCGUGGAGGAUCCGCGAUGCCGGCGUGAUCAGAGCAGGGGACCGAACGCCGCAUCACCGGCGGCGGAGGCGGUGGCGGCGAAGAAGAAGAAGAAAGGAGUGCUGACAAGGAUCUGGAGAGGGGUUUUCGGAUCGAGGAAAGAGGAUUACGAGAAGAAGCUGCAGCACUUGUCGAAGGAGGAGGCGGCAGUUCAUGCUAGGAUGAAGGGGAGGGCGAUUAGAACGAGGAAGUUUGCGAGGAACGUCAUUUGGCUCUCAGGAAUCGCCGAGGUAGCGGCCGUGGCUUUUGCUAUAAUGGCAGUGAAGUCAUUGGAUCUGAGCUGGCACUUGAAGAUAAUUCGAUCUUUGCCCGCUAUUGUUUCACCGGGUUUAUCUUUUGCUCUCUACACUAUGGUUGUUCGCUUGUCAAGAAUGUUGGAUCGCAAGGACCAGAAGACACUCGAAAGGCUACGAGCUGAAAGGAAGGCGAAGCUUGAUGAGCUUAAAGAGAGAACCAACUAUUACACUACACAACAACUUAUCCAGAGAUACGACCUUGAUCCUGCUGCACAGGCUGCUGCAGCAAGUGUUCUGGCAUCUAAGUUAGGCAUUGAUUCUGGUCUAAAGGUCUUUCUUGGAGACGAAGCAAAUGCUAACCCAUCAUCAGCUAGAAGCAAUGAUGUGGAACUGGUGCAGCCCGGUGGCCUUCGUAACAGGAGACAGACCCAUUCUCGUAAUAACAGCAAUGGGAGCAGUGGCAUGCCUCAAUCAAUGGUUGAAGUCCCGAAUGAAUCUGGGGCUGGUGCUCAAAUUGUUUCUUCUCGGGGCCAAAUGGUUGUGGAACAUCACCGAGGUCCAAGCCCUAGUGAUGGAGGUUGGAUUGGACGUAUUGCUGCGCUUCUUGUUGGAGAGGACCCAUCACACUGCUACGCCCUCAUAUGUGGCAACUGCCUAAGGCAUAAUGGUUUAGCAAGGCGAGAAGAUUUUCCGCACAUAAUAUACUAUUGCCCGCACUGUAACGCAUUGAACACGUCAGAACCACCUAUUGAACUCGAGUCUGGUACAAACUCUGGGAUAUCUAGUCCUCCAGCUUCAGCUCAUGCCGGUCUUGCUCGCACCAUUAGUAACACAAGCUCUAUGACAGGGGGGGAAAUUUCGCCGCGUGCAAUAUCUUCUGCCCAUGAGCUACCUUCUGUAGCUGCUUAAUGAACUCAUAGGGGGCAGCAUAGGGUUUUUUGCGCAAUAGUUUUGUUUUGUAAAGUUUUGAGAUUCUAAUCGGAACUCUGGCUAUUAGCAAUCUACUGUAUAUUGUGAAAGAGAAGCAAGUUGAAGAGAAGUUAUGACUAGUAUAAAAAGAAAAAGGGAAGAAAGGAAUCACGCUGGCUUGAAAGAUUUGUUACUCUAAAUUUUUGGGAAAACAUUUCUUUGGAUUUAUGGUGUUCUUCAUUUGGCUGUCCUUUUGUUAAGGUUGCAGGUCA